ACUUGACAAGUAACAAGUAAUGAAAUAUCGCCCAUCUCUAAUUUAACGCGUGCUCUUUCUUUCCUCUUGCUCCAACAUGGCUGAUCAGAACGAACGCGCCUUCCAAAAGCAGUUCGGUGUUAACCUAAACCGUAAGGUGAAACCCGGCAUCACCAAAAAGAAGGUGCUCCGCCGUUACCGUGAUGUUGGUCUGGGUUUCAAAACCCCACGUGAGGCCAUCGAUGGCACCUACAUUGACAAGAAGUGCCCAUGGACCGGAGAUGUCAGAAUCCGUGGUCGCAUCCUGACUGGCAUUGUGCGCAAGGCCAAGAUGCAGCGUACCAUUGUCAUCCGCCGUGAUUAUCUGCACUUUGUGCGCAAAUACAGUCGUUUCGAGAAACGUCACCGCAACAUGAGCGUCCACUGCUCGCCCGUCUUCAGAGAUGUUGAGCAAGGAGACAUCGUCACCAUUGGCGAGUGCCGUCCCCUCUCAAAGACCGUGCGUUUCAAUGUUUUGAAAGUCAGCAAGGGUCAGGGCGCCAAGAAGAGCUUCAAGAAGUUUUAAGUGAGGACAACACCACAGCGGAAGAAAACAAUAUUUGUAGCAUUAUUCUUUUUGAAUAAAACAAAAAAAAAUGUAAAUUUAA